AUUUAUUUUUAGGCAUGGACAUAGUAUUGUAGUUAUUCUCGAGGGAUACAUACUUAAAUAUUUAGUGGUGAAGGGUUAUGAUGUCUGCAAUUUACUUUCACAUGGCUUAGCAAAAAACCAUAUAUAUAUAAUAAUCAUAUACAUUUACUCAAUAUACAUAGAAGAAUUUACAUUUGUUGAAUUGGGUAUAUGGUUUGCUCAUUGUACUAUAUUUUCAACUUAUUCAUAUGUUUGAAUGCUUCUUUAUAGAUAAUUGAGGAAAAAUACUAUACAGACCCUGAGCCUCACCCUUGGCAUCAGGGUCUUGUAAAAGACCACAGGUAACUCCAAUAUAUCAUCAGUGGUAAGAAUCAGCGAUUCAAUGCUCACAUUGGCCAUGAAGCUGAGGUCUGAAGAGUUGAAAGACUACAAAGGACAGAGCAAUGACUAGAACUCAUGUUCCUUGGCUUCCAGUCCUGUGUUCUUUUUUAUAUAUCCUCUUAAGGAAUUUCCUAGAUAAGAAACCCUUAACCCUCUUGAACACCUAAAGCUCUUUGUCAGCAGAUGAACUGCACCCAAUAAGGAGGAAUUUGGGCACCUAGAGGGAGUUCAGUUGUUGGGAGUCAGGUUAUGGGAAGCUGGGGAUCAAAAUUAUUAGAGAGGAAAAAAAUUAUUAGAGGUACUAAGGGUGAGGACAGUUCUAGUUUAAAUAAUUGAAUGGUAUUGAAUUGGAGAGUUGAUUUUUCUCUUUUAAAUAAUCUUAUUUUCAGUCCCAGUAAAUAGUUAUGAAUUUGAAUCUUCAUACAUCUGUAGGAUUUAAUAUAUAUAUAUAUAAUCAUAGAUUAGAAAAAAUCCCAAAGUCCUUAUUGUUAGUUGGGAAAUGAAGUUACAGAUGAAGUUCCAGAUGUUGAAGAAGCCCAGAUUCCUUGCAGAGAGACAUGAAAAGUUGAAAAUGGCAGAGUAUUAUGUCCCAAUGUCCAGUGGGAAAGGCAUGAGUCUUCGCAGUCAGACAAGAUCUGGGUUCAAAUUCUGUCUCUGCCACUGACUAGUUCUGUGACACUAGGCAAGUUAUGUGAGUGCUCCAAAUCUCAGAUAUUUGGGCCCUAUUACCAGGCACUGGGCCAGGUGCUCUGGGUCAGCAGUUAGCCAGAUGCACACGGUCCUGACCUCCAGUAAAUCCAACAGGUUAUUAAGGAAUGGAGGAUAUUCAGGUGGGUGUCCUAACUCUGAAGAGCCUGUGAAGAUGGAGUUGGGUCGGGGGAAGCAAAAGAGGGCAGUAUUUUAAGGAAGUAUUAUCCAGCUUGAGGAGUGGCUGAAGAAUACAAGUUCCUGUGGUUUUAACGUAGGUGGUUGCGAUUAAUGAAAAAAGUAUAUAAAGAACUAAUUCUGAAGUAAGAAUGAGGGCCCGAGAUGCAAGCCCUUAGCGUUAACAAAGUUACUCUCCAGUGCGUAAGAGGACUCUAACCUUCACCACGAAAGCAAAACACCUGCUGGGUCCAAAUUACAGGAAAGCAGCAUAGACAGUAGAAGGUUAGGUUAGGGACCUAGGGCGUGGCUUCGGGUAACCUCCGCCCAUCCUCUUCCGGAACUCGCUGUGCCCCGGAAGCAAUUGUUUGUUGAGGGACUUCGCGCUGCUGUGGAGACUGCAGGGUUUGCCGUAUCCAUGCUCCUGUCCGCGGUCACCUUUGCCAAGAGCAAGUCAAAAACCAUUCUGGUGAAAAUGCUGAGCCAAGCUGGGACAGGGUUCUGCUUCAAUGCUAAGAGAAACCGACUACAGGAGAAACUGACGCUGUUGCAUUUUGAUCCAAUUGUGAAAAAAAGAGUCCUCUUUGUGGAACAGAAAAAAAUACGCUCCCUCUAAACAAUGGAUUGAAAUGAAUUUGAUUAAUAAAUGAGAAGACUGAGGGCGGGAUACUGAUUCAGAAAUUCUGCAGCAUGUAAUAAAAGAAGAGGAAAUGGCACGGAAUCACUGCCUCCUGUGAUUUGAAGGCCAUUGUGAAAGGAACAAUGCAGUGAAAGAAAGUUCUUCAUAUUAGGACAUAUUAUUGCAUCACAUUUAUUUAUCUUUCUGGAUAUUUUUAUAGCCCUUAAUAAAAAACAUUAAAAUAGCCUA